AUUUCGUUGCAUCGUGUGUCUUGUUGCCGACAACCACCAACCAGCCAGUCCAGCGAUCUGCCUCUUCCUCCCCCUUCGUUGAGCUCACAGCCAUGUCUGGAUAUCAGCAGCCACCCUACGGCCAGCCACCUUACGGGCAGCCACAGGGUUAUCCACAGCAAGGAUACCCUGCACCACAGCAGGGCUACCCCGCCUACCCUCCACCAGCAGACCCCGUUGCCCAGCACUUUCAAGCCGUUGCCGGCGCAGAUGGACAGAUCUCUGCUGAAGAGCUGCGCCGCUGCCUGUCUCAGUCCGGCAUGAGCGCCUACCCUCGUCCUGGCGACUCCUUCAGCCUCGAGACCUGCAGGGUGAUGAUUGCGCUGCUGGACACAGACCACACCGGCACCAUGGGCCUCAACGAGUUCCGCGAGCUCUGGCGUGCCCUCGAGGGUUGGAAGGGGACGUUCCAGCAGUUUGAUCGCGACAGCUCCGGCACCAUCGAGGCAGCAGAGCUCCACGACGCCAUCCGCGCUUUUGGUUACAACCUGUCCCGCCCCACGGUUGAGGCGAUUGUGAGCCGCUACUCGCGCUACAGCAACAGGCAGAUUAUGUUCGAUGACUUCAUCGCCCUCAGCGUCCGCCUGCGCGCCGUCUCAGAGCGCUUCCGUGCGCGCGACCGCGAGGGCCAGGGCUACGCCACCAUCUACUACGAGGACUUCAUCUCCAUGACCAUGUCCAUCUGAGGCGCCGCCCAACAACAACAACAACAACAACAACACACACACACACAUACACUCACGCGCUCGCCCACAUACACUCAUGUCAUCUCUUCCGCUGGCUGCGUUUACCGCUGCCAGCCUGGGUGCCUGCCGUUCAUUCAUCCAUCCAUGGAGCCCUUUCCGUUGUGUGCUUUCCUUUCAUGUGCGUGUGCACUCGCCACUGCGCGUUAUGAUUUGCAUCAUUCCGUUUAAACCGUUGUUCCACGACAGCAAGGAAACG